CUUCAGGAGCCGGAACAGACAGAAAAAAAGAGAGAGGCUGUGGGGAAGACGUGUGGACAGAGAGGAGUGUUUUAAAGUAUGUGCGGGGGAGGAGGCUACGGGAGGAGCUGUUCCCCAGGGUGCCUCUCACUUUCUUAGGAUAUCCCUCCCAGGACGCUGGCCGGGCUCUUCCCUGGCUCCAUACUUCUUUCCUCCCCGGACCCUGCUGGACCUGACCGGAGUAUCUGAGCGGAUAGAGACUGAGACAAUUCUGGGAACACCCCCUUAAAAGCCCAACACACGCUUGGAACUUUGCUCCCAACCAGGAGGGAUCUUAAUGGCCCAUAGGCAGGAAAACCCUGACGACUGUCACUUUCUGAGGUUGUUUUGCCGGGUCUGAAAGGCCGUCCACUUUUAAACAGUAGUCGUUCAGGCUGGGGGAAAAAUGAGCAGCAGCACCCAACACGAGAGGAGCAGACGGGCUUGGCACUGAGGGAUUUAUUGAUUGUUCUGAGUACUGAUGGACUGGACUUAAAUACGGGCGUUUUUUUCAUCUGAAUAUUGUUCAGUGAAUUUCUGCGUUAGUGAUAAUCUCACAGACAGAUAUACAGGUCUGUUUACCUCCAAGUAUGCUGCAUUUGGCCCGUGUGCCGUGUUGAAUAAAUAGUUAUUUACGGACCCUGGCAAAGCUUUAAACAAAUGGAUUAAUGUGGCUCAUACAUGCGUUUGUUAUUAAUAAUUCAUAAACUAAUGCUCUUGAAUGGCAAGGAUGAUAAGAAUUGGGAUAUGUGGUGUGUUUAUGCCAAAAGAGCUAAGAUGUUACUUUACUUCUCCAUAAUUAUCGACCAGACAGAAAUUUGAUAUGGAUCCAGACACACCACACAGAUUGGAUUUUAGUUUUUUUUCCGUCAAGGUUAUUUCAAAGCUCAAAAUGUAAGUGUUGAGUGUGGUUUGGGCGAAUAGGCCACAGUUAUACUAUUAAUAGACAUAGUGCUUGUGAGAGAGUGGCAGACUUUAUAUCUUUACAGAGAGAACGGCUGCAGCCAUAUCUCGAAGGAACUUCUUAAUCCUCCUUUAGUGCACGAAAAAUAAACGAACCCUGACGCAACAUCACGUUCCCCCAUGCUUCCAGAGACCCAUAUAUGUCGGCCUUCACAUAUUUUCCAUGUCAUCAUCAUUGUUGACGUUAAACCAAACAUCAUCCAACGCUGUCUUUUUUCUUUUUUUUUCUUUACUCAUGCUGUGGCAAUGGCUUGGGUCUGGAUACACACCCAACACCCAGACGGACUAGCCUCUACCACAAGCUAACCUUUGGUUAAAAAACCGUGCUGAUUAGCCAGGCCGCCGGCCUAGGCUAGUGUAUACCCUUCUACUUUAGGGCCCGGCGGGGGCCUUUUGCGUGCUCCUUUGGUUGGCCCCUGAGUGGGCGUUUACCCCCCCCUAGUCGUAGUCAUGGGGAUCCAGGGCAUGGAGUUGUUUGCCAUCGGCGUGGUCAUCAUCCUGUUUAUGGCGGUGCUCAAGCAGUUCGGGAUCCUGGAGCCCAUGUCUUCCUUUGACGAGAGUAGUGACAGUGACCUGGAGCUGUCCACGGUGAGACACCAGCCAGAGGGUCUUGACCAGCUGCAGGCCCAGACCAAGUUCACCAAGAAGGAGUUACAGUCUCUCUACAGGGGCUUCAAGAACGAGUGUCCCAGCGGAUUAGUGGAUGAGGAAACUUUCAAGUCCAUCUAUUCUCAAUUUUUUCCUCAAGGAGACGCAACCACGUACGCUCACUUCCUGUUCAAUGCGUUCGACAAAGACAGGAAUGGCUCAAUCCGCUUCGAGGACUUUGUCAUCGGCCUGUCCGUGUUGCUCAGGGGAUCAGUGACGGAGAAGCUCAACUGGGCAUUCAACCUUUAUGAUAUCAACAAAGAUGGCUACAUCACCAAAGAGGAGAUGCUGGCGAUAAUGAAGUCCAUUUAUGACAUGAUGGGGAGGUACACCUACCCCUGUGUACGGGACGAGGCGCCGUCCGAACAUGUGGACAAGUUCUUCCAGAAGAUGGACAGAAACAGAGAUGGGGUCGUGACCAUUGAAGAGUUUAUUGAGACCUGUCAGAAGGAUGAGAACAUCAUGAACUCCAUGCAGCUCUUUGAGAAUGUCAUCUAGAACCCAGGGCUCCCUUCUACGUCACCAGCCUCCGUCGAUGACAUGUACCUGACCCCCUGACACACCUUCUGAACUCCACAGAACCCCAACCCCCCCCCCGUGCCCACAGGCUACAAGCUCAACCCUCCACUAAGGUUAUAAGGUUAGCAAGACGUAGAUAGAGAAACAGGGUGGGGAGGGGAGGGACAUACAAUGAACACUCAAGGGUCUCUCUCAUUGCCCUUCGUUAGCUUUAUCCUGCCUUUCAGAACCUGAGACACAGUGGCCUUAAUCCAGCCGCGCCAGGGCAUCUCGUGGAUCAGGUUCCUCCUGGGAUGUUUUGCAUCUGAAUCUGCUGAGUGCUAAUGGGGGGAUGGGAAAAGGGAGUAGCAUCUGUGAAUCUAUGCUACUAUCUCUUGCGCAAACAUUAGCAGGGAAAAAACACAAACACACACUCAUAUUUGCGAUAACACCAACACACACAAACAUGCACAUACACACACACACGCACACACAAAAACCAUCACCACACCAAACAGACACUUACAAAAUACACACUCCUCUUUUUAGCCAUUUUUCAAGCAGUGAUUAAAACAACACUACCAUAGUAAACUGUCAGCAUUCAAAUCAGAGGGACACAAAAAAAUAUUAAAGACAAUUAACUUGAAGCAUGUUUGUCGUAUGUGAUGUGAAUUAGCUUGCACAAACAUUUGACUAUAAUGUAAUAUAUGCAACUACAACAACAAAAAAGCGCACUGUAGAUACCUGCACCUGUCCACCACUGAUGGAAAGCAGGGUGUAUGUAUAUAUGUAUAGAUAAUAUUAUACAUAUCCUAGGUUGUGAGAGUUUAAUUUGUACUGCACUUAACUGUGGUCUAGGGACAGAGAUGUUCAACUGAAUGUCUGUUAUUGCACACUGUGUUUAUUCACUGGACCUGUGUUUGGUGUCAUUGUGUGAUUUUUUUCUCCAGUAUGUGUUUGAUCAAUCCCUAUUAAUUGGUUCUACAUUUAUUUAAAUUAAUAUAUUUUUGAAGACUUGUGGAGAGAAGGAGGGAAGGUCUCUCAAAAUUAUGCUGAAAUGUUGAUUCUGAGUACAGUACAGAGCAAGAAACAACGAGAGUUAGCAAACAAUGUUUAUGAACUGACUUGAGGUAUGUAAUUUUAUUUCGCUGUCAUCAUAGAGCAUGCUGGCUGUCAGUAAUACAGUAUUUUGUACAGUAUAAUAAAACCUUUGUGAUCUGAUAUAAUUAGAAAUAAAGUCUCGAGAUUUUUCUUCUCCA